GAUAGAUGCGGUGAAGUUGGGCCGUAAUACGCCAUGUACGCGUCGCGCGUCGCAGUAUGGACGUCAGCGCCCUGUGGCCCGUCCGUUAGCAUUGCUGAAUGCUGACGAAGCGAGAGAGAUGAGAGAUCGUUCGCCGAAUGCCGACGCCGCCGCGAUUUCAGCGCUCUCGUCUCGCGGCGGAGGUUGACACGAUGUGAUAAUAAUCAUCAUCGUCACCGCCGCCUCCACCACUACCACUGCACACGACACACCACCACUCACCAGUUUCCACACACCGCUCGCGCGUAAACGGUAUUGUUGUGCGUCUCCUAUCGUCCAUUUUUUUCUUCCCAUUAUCUCUACAGUUUUUCCAGUGAUUUAUCGGAUAACAAUAUUGUAAUAAUAACUUCUCACUUUGUUCCUAUUUUCGUCCGUCGCGUAUCGCUGAUUGUCGGGCUGCGGGUACGGCACUAUCGAGUAUCGGUCGUCAAUCCGGUAAAACCCACUGGAUCGCGAUCUAUUUCGUUUCUCGUGCUAGUCAGACUGUUUUCCGUCGACAUAGUAAAUUGCUCUGUUCGUGAGAAUACGUCGUUUUUCACGUCCGUGUUACACUUUGCAGUAUUGUGUCGUGAACGACCGUCUGUUUUUUCUCUGGCCCGAUCCAUAACGUACCAGAUUUGCUGAACGGCCAAAACAUGACUUCCAACGACGAUCUGAUGCAAAAGACUAUGUUGAUCAUCGAACACAAAAUUAGAAAUUUGGAAAAACGCAAGCUUAAAUUAGAAGGAUACCUUCAACAACAAGAAGAAGGAGUGCAAUUGAGUGACGAUCAAUUACUAGCUGCAUCAAAAUUUAAUGAAGUAGUUAGUACUUUAGAUUUUGCAAGGAAUCUGAAAGACCAGUUAAAUACUCUUUUAGUAACAGCAAAACAAAUCAGAAAUAGUACAAAUGGUGAAAAGCUUCCCACCAAAGUUGAUAGUAAAAUCAAGCAGGUUUUAAAUUUCCAGAAUAUACUCGAGAGUAUUAAAGAUGAAACUGUGAAACAAGAUUUAUUAGCUGGUAAUAAUGGUGCCGUACAAUUGACUGAUGAUGAGCUCUCAAAAUUGUCACAUUUUUCUAAAAUGGUUUCACCAAAACGAAGAGUAGAAGAAGGAAAACCACUGUUUGAGGAUCAACUCAAGACUGUUUCCAAGCACUACAUGAAGCUUAUAGAUAGUAGACCUAAUAUUGUAGCUGGUACAAGUUAUGCACAUUUAAAAGAAUGUUUGUUAAAAAUUGAAAAAAGUGGUUAUCUGAACAAUAUAGUAAAACUUAAACAUGUUGAUAAAGAAGUAAAUACAACUAAUGAAGAUAAUAGUUUAGAAACCAAAAUACCUCAAAAUAUUCACCAAUCAAUAGUUUCCAUAAGUGAUGAUUCGCCAGAUAACAUUCCCAUUUCUAGCAUUCCUAAUUUGGAAUUCAGUCCAAAUAAAAUCGAAACAAUCUAUUUUACAAAUAACAAUAUUGGUGGAAAUACAGUUGAACAAAACCCACAAAGAAGCAAAAACACUACAGAUACCGUAUUCAAUACCUCAUUUGAUUUUUUACAAGAUUCUCAACUUGAAGAAGAUAUUAUAAGCAUUGAUUUAAAUUCCAUACCAACUCAGACAUUUUCAUCUUCUAUUUGCGGUAAUCAUGGACCAACAGAUGAUGCAAUUUUAAAAAUACUGUCUACCCCUCCGCAACACCGGACUUUGGAAACAAAACAUAAUCAUUUAGAAAAUGUUGUGGAUGUCAAUGUUUCUAACUCUAAUUCCUGGACUGGAAAAACUGAUGUAAACUGGCAAAGUAGAACUGAAUCGGGAGAUAGUAAUAAUUUACCCAGAGAAAACUGGUCAAUGGCUCAAAUGAUAAAUAACAGCACAAAUAAUGAUUGGAUUAUAAAAAACAAUUGGGUUCAAAUGGCUGAAGUAGAUAAACAAAACCAAUCACCAGCACAACCAACUCAACCAUCGCCCAAAAAUUCCUCUUCUAAUUUCGGUUUAGUUACUAAUGGAUAUACAGACAAUCUCGAUGAGUUAUUGCAAAAAUCAGUGGUUUUCAAUAAACAAGAAUCAUACCCUGUAACUACUUCCUCUAAUAAUUCAACAUAUUAUCAAACCAAUUACGGGCAGCAAACGCUUGAACGUAAUAUUGGGCAUUAUACUAAUUCUAAUGGUAGUAAUCCUAGGAGCCACUCCAAUGAUUUUAAUAAAAGAUCUACUUCCAUGAAAUCUAAAUCUUCAUAUUCAGGAGAAGGAGGACAAUCUCGAGGUUAUCAACAAGGCAACUCUUAUGUUUAUAAUAGUCGCUCUUAUAAGACCAAUAGCAGUACCAACACGAGUAACGAUUAUUCCAGAAUCUCACGACAAACCUGAUGAAAAUCAGAGUUCACAUAAUUUAAUACCUUAUUUAAUAUUCUACUAUGAAAAUUGAACAGUAUGCAUUUCAUUUAUUAAAUAUGAACUUAUUAGAUAAUGCUAGAGAGCCUGUGCUCUCUAGGUAAUACCAAAUACUAUUAUAUUCUCUUAAUUUAAUUGUUCAUAUUUUUUUCUUUCUUUAUUACGUAUUUGAAUUGAUUGAACUCAAAAUAUGCACUUACAUCAGUCUAUAUAAUUUUUUUUUCAAACUGUGACUAAACUUUGAAAAAUAGCUAUUAUUUAAAACUUUAUGAAAUAGAUGAGUAUUUAAUGUCAUUACAAUUUUUCUGAAAAAAUUAAAUUUUUAUAUGAAUGUUAUUACAGUAUUUGUUUCUAAAAUUAAUAAAUUACCAAGUCAGGGGAUAUUUUUGGCAUUU